GGCAGAUGCUGAGGAGAGAGAAGCAGGACGGAGAAUACAACAAGGGGAGCCACUUUGUCUUUGUGCUGCUCUUCACUCUUGUUGUUUUAAUAUCCUCCGCGUCUGCUCGGACUGCCUGUGAGCGACGCCUCGAGCAUCUUCGGACGGCGCGGUCCGUCAAACCAUGCAGCAGGAGUCCUGGAUGAAAUGCUGCAAGUUUAAAUAUUAGUGUGUGUUUGUGUGCGUGUAUGUGCGCGUGUGCGCGCGCGCUUGUAUAUGUGUGUGUGUUGGUUGUCUGUGCGUGCGACGUUGAGUUUCUGCACCGCAGCGCAACUUCACCCGGUGCCACAGUGAAGAGAAAAGCGCUCAGUCAGUCCUUGGGAAGGAUUUCAUCCCGGUCCUGGAACCAGUUCUUCUCUGCGGCGUGUCCACCCGAACCCGCAGCAUGAACAACCAGUGAGGAGGAGAAGAAGAAGAAGAAGAAGAAGAAGAAGAAGAAGAGGGAAAAAGAAAGAAAGAAAGAAACAGAUUGCUGUGAUAAAAUGUUCCCCUCUUCAUCCACGCUGCCUUUAAAACACGGGUUUCCACGCUCAGUUCACGUAGCCUUUUUAUGACCUGCAACACGUCUGUGCUUGGAAAGGUGGAGUAGACUGCUGAGCUAAAUCUGAACCAAACAACACUGAUCAGGAGAAAGGGAAAGAGGUGUGAGCCCAGCAAAGCAGGGGGGAAGGAAGAAGAGAGCAUAUAUUUAGCAGUUUCCUCGUUCUUCUCCUCUCAUCCCUGGACAGGCAAGUAAAGCGCCCUUCCCCAUAUGUGGUGGGUGAGAUGAACUCCAGUGGGAAUACUGUAGACCCCACCUGACAGCUCUCUGCCUGAGCAACUGAAAGCUUUUUACUGGAGCCUCCACAACCACGAAGUGGGAUAAAAAAAAAAAAAAAGUAAAAUUGCCAGCUCAACUGAGAUAUAGAAUAUAUAUAUGUUAUUUUUGGCUUGUAAAAUGAGCCUUUAUCUGGUGCUCCUAAAAUAGUCCCCUGUUCCUUUCCCCUGCCCCACACAAUCAUACAUUUCCUUCUUACACCCUUUCAAUCCACUAGCUAAUUUCUACUCAGAGUUCAGUCUGGCCGGCACAACCAUUCCAGCUAAGGGGGAGGAGGACUUCCUCACACUGGCCGCCUCCCGGCUCAGCCGAAAGAAACGUGUCAUUGGGGCUGGCGUCGGCGUGGCCAUGGUUCUGGUCCUGCUGGUGGCCAUUCCCCUAUUGGUCCACACCACCAAGGGGGGAGGGUCCGGAGGAGGGGGCACGCAUUACGAGAUGCUCGGGAGCUGCAAGAUGGUGUGUGACACUUUCACCCCCCCACAGGGAGAGCUGACAGCUGUCUCCCCUCAGCCCCCAGACUUCCCAAAAGGCAGGGGCAAACAGGGUUAUAGAGGGAGCCCUGGACUUCCUGGUCCUCCAGGUCCUAAAGGGCCCCCUGGAGAGCCUGGCAAGCCCGGCCCACCUGGUCCACCAGGGCCUGGACCUGGUGGAUAUGGCUCAUCUUUCUACAGUCCCAAAAUCGCCUUCUACGCAGGCCUCCGGAAGCAACACGAAGGGAGUGAAAUACUGAAGUUUGACGACGUUGUGACCAAUGUAGGGAACUACUACGAGCCGAGUACCGGCAAGUUCACCUGCCCGCUGCCUGGCAUCUACUACUUCACCUACCAUGUCCUGAUGAGAGGAGGUGAUGGGACGAGCAUGUGGGCCGACCUUAAGAAGAACGGACAGGUGAGGGCCAGUGCAAUUGCUCAAGAUGCAGAUCAGAACUACGACUACGCCUCCAACAGCGUCAUCCUCCACCUGGACGUGGGGGACGAGGUGUGCGUACAGCUCGACGGGGGCAAAGUACAUGGCGGAAACACCAACAAAUACAGCACCUUCUCUGGCUUCCUCAUCUACCCCGACUGACAGUGUACUCACAUUUAUAUACUCUCUCUCUGUAAUCAAGCAAAAAAAAAAAAGUUCCCUCUCCUUUCUGCAUCUAACACACCAUGCUGCCAUGAUGUAAUUUGUCAUUUCAAUGCUGUUCAGUACACGACACAUGUAAUAACAUGAUCACAGUUAACAAAUAGAGUUGGAAGAGAAUUUGUGUAAAAAUGAAUAUAGUCUUGUAUAUAUUAAUAGUUAACACUUACUUCUGAUACACACACUUGUGUAGUCAUCACUCUGCGCCAUGUAUAUAUGUGUGAGCAUGACUACAGCACAUGAUUAACAUCUGUUACACACGCAUACACACACAGGUGUGCACACACGCGCAUUGAAGAUCUCCUAUCAGUUGUUGCUCUGAGACAAGAUGACCAUUUCAGUCUCCGGUCGGUCUGAAAUCGACUGAAAUGAUCUCUGAACGAAGACUGGAAAUCGAAGCGUGUACUUGGCUGCAGCCUCUCGCCUUCACUGUGAGAUGGAUUUCCAAACGAGAAAAAAAUUCAUGAAUAUAUUGAUCGGCGCUGAUAAUACAGCCAACACCGUGUAACAUAAUCUAGUGUGUUGUAUGUCUGCGUUUAUGCCCCAUGUGCAAGCACGUGUGUGUGUUUGUGUUGAGCUGUCAGAGCGUCAUGUUGCCGUUGGUUUGACUUGCACGGCCUCUGGCUCCUGUUAAGGGGGGAGGCUGUCAAGUUGUCGGUAACAGUCCCUUAACACACACGGUAUAUUGAUACUGAGGUUUAGCUUUGAGAUUUUGCCUGAGCCAGAGCUUAUGACUGAGCCUCAUCAUGUCCUGCUAAUGAGGCUUCUUCUACAGCCUCAUCUGUUCAGUCACACUCACAUCUGGCAUCUAUAGUUUGCUGUAGGACUGAAACGGAUACAAGGUUUAGUUAUUUAUCAGUCCACAACACAGGGUUGUAGGACCAAACGCUCACUGACGUCCCUUUAUGCUACUAUGGAAAUGGAUGACUGACAAGUCCUAAUAAAAAAAAAUAAAUAACAGAAAAAAAAACAGUUUUUUUUGUGGUGGAGUGGGCAGAUGAGUUAAGGAGUCUCACAGUGUGAGGAAUGAAGCUGCUCUGUAUUCUGGUGGUGCAGCAGUGGAUACUUCUGUAUCUCUCGCCAGGCGGCAGCAGAGCGACCAGCUGUGGCAGGGAUACGUGUUGUCUUUGAGCAUCAGUUAUUACAGUAGUUAGAAUAGAUAAACAUUUGAGGAAAUAAGAGUUAAAGAAAGGAUUGAUACCAUUCUCCUAUCCGACCUCUCAUUGUAAUGCCACAGCCAACAGCUGCUUAGGUUAGCGCCUAUAGGGGCUGAGUUACAUCAGAAAAGAAGAGGUUUGUAUGAAGUCUUGGCCGAUUGCGUUGGAAAUCAAAAGGGUUUCAAGCCAGUCUCUUCUGGAAGACACGUGUUGCAGUUAUACAGUAUGCAUACUCCUAACCUUUAAAUAAUGUGUUAGUGACAUGACUUGUUGUUUUGCCUUUUUUUCAGUCUUUGUGAAAAGCUAAGCUAAGUGGCUCCUGGCUGUUGCGUCUUGUUUACCCUACAGACAUGAGAGUGGUAUCAAACUUCUCAUCUAAUUCUCUGCAGUACCUCUGUCACACUGGACAAAAACACCCAUAAAAAUGGGUACAGUCGGCCUUUACUUCUAUGUCAAAUGAGUAAGGCUCCAAUAAGCUGUGAUGAAAACACUGGUACUAGUAAUAAAAGCUAUCAAAAAUUAACCACCAUAAUAUUGUUACUGACUUCCUUGGCGGUACUCGAUCCUUGCCGUGCAGCUCUCUGCAGAGAUGAGAAAGGAAUGAGUUGUCUCACUCCUCGGUUAUCAGCUCUGGAAUAAAAAAUAAUGCGUCUAAUUCAGAAUGUUAUUGAUUAAGUCUUUGAACACAAGUUUAAAGUCUUCUGGAUGCAGCGAUUUGCGUCUACUAUGUGGUCUGCUGAUCAAAACACGUGACACACAAGUAAAAAAAAAAAAAAAAGCACAAAGGCAAACUCAUCUGGCAGUGGGAAAGAUGUCAGUCACUUCUUUUAAGCGGGUUUACAUACGUUUGCAUUUACUUGCGUAAAGUGUAUUUCACCAAGGAUCAAACUACUCCUUUAAUUUUACCGCUAAAGUUCUUAUGUGAAGAUGUUUUUGAAAUGCUGGUGACUGUUGUCAAUGUUUUACUGCCAUAUGCCAUACCUAUGGUUUUCUGUGCCUUACACUCUCUUUUUCAUUUUCAUUUUUUAUGCAUGAGGUUUGUCUUGUCGAGUCCAGACUAUAUGAAGAUGCCGGUCUGUGUGAUAAAGAAAACUGCAAUCUGUGUUCCAACAUGGCCAGUCAGCGCAAAUGUUGUCACUCACUUGAUGAUGCAGUUUCCGACUGAGGACAUCUUUCUAUCUAACUGGAUGUAACUUACUGUUCUAAAUAAAAGCCCCUAAAGUGGAGACUGAGGUUCAUUGUGUGCGGUGGGAAACACCUGUGGGAGUGAACAACAGGAGCAUGUCGCUGUGUGAAUUAAAAUGUGCAUCCAGAAAAAAUACAAAAUGUUUAUGUAAUCAAAUUAUUAUAUUAAAUAUCUCUAUUUUUUUUCAUGAUGUAGACGGGUACAAUAUAAUCCUCUGAGCACAUCUGUGGAUGAAGAGAGCUUCGUAUUGGUCCAGUAAUACGUUUGACAAAACCUGUAGCAGAGACUUGUGGUGCAGAUCCAGAUAGCAUGACUGUACCCUGAUGGGAUCUGGCUGCGAACUUUACCGAUGAACUCAUCAUUCUUGUGCUGUGUGUGAAAAAGCCGUCCCGACGUCGUGUUUUGCACACACGCAUCCACUCUGAGUGGCUUUACAUAAACUCUGCGCCACGCUGCAUCCUCUUGUGUGUGUUUUUCCGGGCGAUGUUACCUCUGUUCACGAGCAGUGUGGAUUCAUUGUUGUCACUGUACUUUGCAAGCUGAGUUGUGUGUAUUUGUUAUGUAUGACAACAACAUAGAUUUUUAUCUCUGCCCUUGAAAACAAACGAAACACGAUGAAAAGAAAAAAAAGAGGAAGAAAAUUCGGGUUUAUUUUGCUGUCACUGAGUAAACCCAGUGCUUUCUGCGUUCUUAAUCUCUCUCUGCAGGAAAACCAAGAACUCAACAGGAAGGCGCUGGCAUCUGUUGCGAUGAGUGAUCGCUGUUUAUGAUCACAGAGAUUUGAAGAUUUUAGCAGAAGUUUAAAACAGCUGACAAAUGUAUUCCAGCACCUCGAGCCAACAAUCACCUACCCGACAUGUCUUUGUUAUUUCCUCCAUUGAUAAAGAAUAAUGUGGUAAAUUGUCUGACUUUGUGGACAUUAUUAUUUUUUUUGUAUUUUGCUUUUUGUUGAUAUUUACAUGAACUCUGUAAACUGAGCAUAAUAAACACAAUGAAGCAAAUCAGCAAAA